GCCCGACCCUCGUCUUCAGAAAACACAAGAAAGUCUAGCUAGGAACCAUGUCAGGUUGGGCUUGCAGCUCCCUUGGUGGCCAAUGCUAUGGCAAGUUGAUGUGGCCAGAGUUACUGGGCAGGAAGGGCAAGGAAGCAAAAGAUGUGAUUGAGAAAGAGAGAGCCGACACCACUGUUUUUUGUGUGCCCCGAGAUGCCAUUGUCACUGAUGAUUACUGCUGUAAUCGUGUUAGGAUCUACGUGGAUGGCAACGCAAACGGCGACUGUGGAAACGCCAAGGUGAUCGCGGUUCCAAAAGUUGGGUGAUCCAUGGACAUGCAUGAUAUAGGAUAUUAUAUUGGAGGAUGCAUCAACUGAUCAUUACCGUGGGAGGUUUGAUGUUUUGGGACACACAGAUAACAGCCAUAAUAUUAAUAAAGAAUUCUCUCUUUUCCUA